UAGCUGCCACCGAAUAACUAAUGAAUCGCGCCGUGUACACGUCAUUCUAAACAUCCGUUCGAUUUCCAUCUCGUCAACAUGCCGAAGAGAAAAUACUCUGAGUCACAGGCGCUGGCCGUCGUUCCGUUGCCCAUUCAGACGUUCCUAUGGCGACAGACGAGUCCGUUCAUUCGCCCGAAAAUCGGCAAGCUCAUCGAGGCGUCGUGCGUUUCGUUUGAGCGCGUCGUCGUGCAGAACAUCGUUCACGGUCUCUCGCCGAGCCUCUCCGACGCCAUCGAGAGCAUCUCGCGAUGGAAGCUCAUCGAGUCGGCGUUCCCGCACCUGAUGCACUGCUGCGCGGCGCUGCUGCAGCUGCGCAAGCAGGAGGGCCGGACGGGCCGCUUCGGCGUCUGCGAGACGAAGCUGCUCUACACGCUGCACUGGAUCAUGCUGGACGCGGCGGAGGAGUGUGAGGACGUCGACGCGCAGGCGCACCGCAGCAACCGCCCGAAGGAGUUCCUCUUCUCGAUCACGUCCAUCCAGCUGUUCGUCUACCUGUUCGCGCCGCUGCUCGCGACGAUGGAGCCCGAGGACUUCAACCUGCGGCUCGAGAGCGGCCUCAAGCUGUGGCAGCCGCUGAAGGAGUACCGGCAGCCCGACAUACCCUGCCUGACCGCCCUCAUCCGGCCGAAAAAGACCGUGCUGUACCCGGACAAGAAGGAGCGCGUCGGAGGUCAAUUCGGCGGGAUCUUCGUCGGAAAGCGCAGCCCGAGCGAGGAUUUCGACUUCAUCAACUUCGGCGGCCCGCCCGGCGUCGACGCAGACAACGCCGACGCGCUGUCGGUGCGGGCGAACAGCGACGCGCCGUCGUCGCUGAAGGCGCCGCUCGCGACCAUGUCGGAGAUCUGCGGCUCGACGACGUACUCAGAGGCAUCGUCAGCGCGCGUCGAGAUCGCAUGCGAGUGGUGCGGCACGGUGAUCACGAGCCGGCGCGGCGAGUACCGCACGUGCAAGUGCGGCCGCACGUGCACGCCACGUGCGCAGCCCUCGACGACGACAAGGAUCAACAACAACAGCGACCACGACCUGAAGCUGAUCGUCGGCGGCGGCGACGACGACGCGGGCGUCGACAAGGGCUUCAUCCAGGACAAGCUCGACUCGGCGCUGAAGAUGCAGCUGACGCGGUCGCCGUCGAAUCAGGACGUGCGCGGCGCCACCUACUUUGACGUCGCCGUGCUGCGCUGCCUCUUCAUCCCGCAGUGGGAGGAGGACGGCGUCUUCUGGGCGCUGCAGUACCUGCACGAGCGGCUGAAGGAGAUCCGCGACGAGACGUGUCGCACGCAGCGCACGCGCCAGCGAAGCUCCUCGCUGCCCAUGCCCAAGAUUACCGUCUCGCUCUACGAGACGCCCGAGGCGUCGGCGCGCGACCUCAACCUCGACUUCCAGACGGAGUACUCUGACCACCGCUCGAGCUUCGAGAACAUCGCCGGGGGCAACGGCGGCGGCGGCAGCGGCAGCGGCAGCGGUGGCGCGUACAAGCGCGUGAAGGUGGACACGCGCGCGUCAAUUGUUGCGACGGCGAGCGACAGCACGAGCACGACGCACUCGCUACCGGACGACGAGGUGCAGUUCACGAUGGGCGGCCGGCUGCUGAAGCGCGAGCGCGAGGAGAUGCUCGCGCUCGAGAGCAACAUCUACGACCCGCCGUCGCGUCCGCGCUCCGCCCUCGCCAAGCUCAUCGAGAACACGAUGCAGAGCAAGGGCGGCGAUGCCGGCGGGGGCGGCGACGGAGGAGGAGGGACCCGGGACGAGGCGGAGCGGCGCAAGAGCCUUCCGUCGGUGUCGCCGGACGAGGAGAGCGGGCGCACGCGCGCGAGCACGAGCUCCAAGAUCGACAAGAACUCGGACCAGUCCGUCAAGAAGCAGUCGGUCGUCUCGACGGAGACGCACCCGAUCAUCACCAUCACCGAGCACAGCCCGGAGCCGGUCGUCGCCGCCGCCGAUGACUCAUGCCACAGCUCCGUACAGGGCGCCGCCGCAGCGGUUGCCGGGGGCGACGAGAAGCUGCUGUCGAAGUCGACGGCGUCGAUCCAGCGCAGCUCGACGGACUCGAACAUCCGCUACACCGUCGAGGAGCUGUCCGAGGUCGCCGGCACGCUGCACUACACGCGCAAGAAUGGCGACAUUGAGUACGGCGUCGUGCUGAAGGCCGCGCACGCCGUCAUGAUGCGCGAGACGUCGCUGCGCGUCUGCGAGGCCGUCCUCAACAUCCUCGACAUCCUGCUCGAGCUCGGCACUCCCGGCAAGACCCCCGACGAGCUCGCAGACGACGACAAGGAGAACGACAGCGGGAAGGGCGGAGUCGGCAGGGGACGCUGCGAGCAGCCGGUGGACGUCGGGCUGAAGCCUGCCGCGCCCGAGGAGCUGACGGCGCACAACCUGUGCAUGGACACGGUGACGCGCAUCUUCAAGGCGCUCGGCUGCCCGUACGGCUGCGGCGAGGGCUACCGCUGCCCGCCGGCCGAGCUGCUGCGCGCGCAGGGCCUCGGCACGCUGAGCCGGCUGCACCGCGGCGACGCCACGCAGUUCCGCCGCUUCCUGCGAGAGCUCGUCGCCAAGCGGCCGCUCUCGCACCUGCUCGACUUCUUCCACGCGAUGUUCGGAUUCUGUGCGGACCCGAACGGCGCGCUGUCGCCGCACGGCCAGAAGCGCGCGACGAACUCGACGAAUGCGAUGGACGGCGGAGCGGCGCGCGGCGGCUACUCGACGAACUUCGGCUGCGGGUUGAAGGGCGCGGCGAAGGGCGUCGAGGGCACGGUGCUCGCGUGCGUGCUCAAGGUGCUCGUCACGCGGCUCUGCGAGUCGUCGGCCGAGCUGAAGAGCAUGGAGAACAUGGCGCUGUACUGCGACGUGCGGCAGCUGAUCACGUACGUGACGGCGGCUCACGGCGGCCUCUUCCGCCGCGUCGCGCUCAGCGGCCUCCUCGACGCCGUCGACCGCUCCCGCAAGAAGAAGAAGGAGCCGCCGAAGAAGGAGCCGGUCGUCGCGGCGACGGGCGACGACGACGACGGGCCCGACUCGGGGCCGCGCUCGCCCGCACCGAGCAUCGGCGAGGAGACGCCGCGUGGCAAGGAGAGCCGCGCGAAGAGCCGCCAGUCGAUCUUCCGCAAGAAGGUGCACAAGGUGCUCAGCAACAGCAGCCUGACGGGCGACGACUCGGAGGGCGAGGGGUCGGCUCCCGCGGCAACGGUGCACGGUCGCGCGCACCGCGUGCUCACGCCUCGCAUGAGCUUCAGCGAGGAGGACGCGUCAUACCCGAACACGCCCAAGCGACGCGUCAGCAAGUUCCAGCUCGUCAGCUGGCUGAAGAACGCCAAGGCGGCCGGGCACAUGAGCCUCGGCUUCCUGCGCGCGCGCAAGACGCUCGGCUUCGGGCAGCGCAAGUCGAAGCGCGGCAGCUUCGAGGAGGGCCCCGUGCGGCACUCGCAGUCGCUGCGGCACGUGCAGCAGGCAUCGUCGUCGCUGAGCAUGAGCGGCGGCGGCGGCGGCGGGGGCGACGCCGUGUCGCCGCUCAACAUGCUCAUGCACUACAAGAACUACGGCUCGGACCCGGGCAACAAGGGCCUGCUCGCGUUUGACGCAGACGCGGCGUCGACGGACGCGCUGCUGCGCGAGAAGCGGCUCGUCAGUGUCGGCGCGGUGAACGCCGGCAUGCUGCGCUUCGCCUUCCUGCUCGAGACGUGCCAGCCCGGAUCGUUCCCGGACCCGCAGCUCAUCGCCGCGACCCUCGACCUCGAGGCUCCUGUUGUCGCGCGCGCCGCGCUGCUGCUCGAGUGCGCCUACUUCGUGCACCAGUGUAACCGCGGCAACUGGCCCGACUGGAUCAAGCUGCACGUUCCCGUCUCGCGUCCGUCCGGCUUCCCGCUGCAGAACCGCGGCCAGCCGUCCGGCUUCCGCCGGCAGACGAUCCUCAAGAAGGCGAUCGGCCGCAUGUUCUACCUGUGGGCGGAGGCGAUCGGCGCCCGUCUAGAGGAGAUCCUCGCCGCCGAGGACCACUCGGAGGCGACCGUCGCCGCGGCGAUCCACGAUGAGAAGGAGCGUCGCGCGAAUCGCAUCAUCGACGACGAGGAGGACUUCCUCGACGACACGACGGUGAACGACGGCGGCGGCGCGUGCCCGUACGCGCUCAAGAUGGUCGCCUGCCAGCUGCUGCUCGAGGUGACGGCAUUCCUGCGCGAGACGUACGUCUACCUGCCGCGCGCGCACACGCACGCGCGCCGCGAGAACCUGUGGGAGAAGAGCCUGAACACGCGCCGCUGCAGCAGCAUCCUCAGCAGCAUGGGCCAGUCGCAGAUGUCUACGCACAGCAUCUCGUCGCUCAUCGACAUGGCGCCCGUUACCGUGCCGACGCACAGCGAGCGACGCAUCAGCUUCAUGGUGACAGGGACGGGACACGAUGCGGACGCGGACAGCGUGCACAGCAGCAACACGACCCUCAUGGUGCCGGACGAUGAGUCACCGGCCGCGGAGGCGGGUCGCACGCGCAGGGUCGCGCAGAGUCGCCAGAAGCUACUGCGGCGCCACCACGGCGGCAGCGCGUCGGGCGGCGGCGCGAACACCAGCUUCCGGCGGCAGAGUCUGCGGCUGAAGAAGAAGAAGCCAGACGACAAGUCGGACGAUACGGACGAUAGCUUCCAUCACAGUUCCUUCAGGAGGAACGAGAGCAUCAAGUCGAGAAAGGUGAGCACUGCCUACUCGGAGCGGUCGGACAACAGCAACGAGGAUCACUCCGGGGAGGAGCGUCCGGAGUCUCCCGGCGUGCUGAGCGACGAGACGGCGGACAGCCCCGCGGCGGCCGAGCUCGUCGCCCAGGAGCAGGAGGAGGCCGACUACCAGUACGCGACGAAGAUGCCGUGGCUGCGCAUCGUCACUCAGCUGUCUCACGUGACGACGUUCGCGUGCCCGCACCAGCACUCCUGCCACCCGGACUGCCACAAGCGGCAGAUGCGCAGCUGCACGCGGCUCAUGCACGCCAUACGCAAGGUGUACGGCGACACGUUCCUCGCCGUGGACGGCGACGACAAGGACGCGUCGUCGACGUCUGUGGGCGCCGCCGCGCGCAAGGAGGAGGUGAAGCGCGAGAAGAGCAAGGAGCGGCUACACCGCAAGAUCUCGAUGAUCACGCCCGGCUCGCCGACGCGGCGGCGCGAGAGCUCGUUGCUAACGGCGACGAUCGACCGCAAGAACGCCGAGGCGCUCGCGAAGAAGGUGCAGCAGGUGACGCAGCAGCACAAGGAGAGCCAGCAGCAGCAGGAGCAGAAGGAGAAGCUGGCGGCGGCCAGCAAGAAGAGGGCCGAGCCGAGGGAGGAGCCGCCGAUCCUCAAGUACAUCAAGUCGCAGGCGCUCGAGCUGUUCCACAGCCCGCUGUCGACGUACGCGAAGGCCGCGGUCGUCAUGACCGAGGAGCAGUUCACCGACGUGAUGGGCAUCGCCUGGGAGCUGCUGCUCGAGAGCGACCAGCAGCUGAUCGCCGCCGCAGCCACCGUCUUCAUCGUGUCGGCGGUGAAGACCCGCGAGCGCGCCGUCGACAUCAUCACGCAGCGGCUCGCGCACGAGAACCCCGACGAGCGCAUCAACGCGAUCUUCCGCUUCCGCCUGCUCUGGCUCAGCCGCUACCAGUGCUGGCCGCGCAUGGAGAACGACGCGCACACCGUCUUCAAGGUGCCGCCGCCGAACAUCGACUUCACGAUGCCGUCGCCGGCCGUCGGCCUCGCGUCGUCGAACGUCGUCGACCCGCCGUGGAUGCCGCACUUCAAGACGAAGAUCGAGGAAGUCGCGCUCAACCAGGAUGGCUUCGGCACGGCGCGCUCGUUCGUCACUGCGACGAAGACGCGCCGCAAGCAGCAGCUGGAGCGCGUGCACCAGGCGCUGAAGGCCGAGGACGAGAAGCGGCGCGAGUCGCGCGAACGCUUCCACCUGACGACGGUGCCGAUCGCGCUGCGCGCCGGAUACGAGCCGAGCCUCCACCAGGUGGCGCCGGAGGAGCACGGCGACGAGGGCGACGAGGAGCGCGUGCACCACGUGCAGUUGGCCCCGUCGCUGUUCCCGUCAUGCCUGUGCGCGGCGAUCCUCCCCAUCAUCAACCUCCUCGAGGACCGCGAGGUGAACGACGACGGCGUCGCCGUCUCCGAGGUCGCGUUCAAGGUCAUCUGGAGCUGCCUCGUCGAGGACCCGGCGCUCUUCUUCCGGCACUUCCUCGAGAAGAUGACGAACCGCGAGCGUCUGCCCGAGCUCAUCAUGCUGCUGCACAAGCUGAUGACGCACGUGCAGGAGCUGCCCGGCCACGCCGCGCACACGCUCUUCAACUACAUGCUCGGCUUCAUCAUGUUCCACGUGCGCGCGCCCGUCGAGGGCAGCCAAGAGGCGAUCGCGAUCAGCCUGUCACUGCUCUGGCAGAUCGUGCCCGACGUGCAGGACGUCUUCUUCAAGGAGCUGAAGCAGACGCUGAAGCGCGAACAGUGCGACGCGAUGAUCAUGCUCACGGCGAGCGUGCCGAGCGCGAAGAAGAUCAUCGUGCACGGGCCCGACCUGACGAGCAUCCCCUCGCAGUUCCCGAUCCACGAGGACACGCAGUUCGGGCAGAUCCUGCAGGACAGCAUCGACUUCUUCAACGUCGACGACGAGCACGCUGGCGACUACGUGCUCGUCGACGCGAAGACACACCAGCUGCACAACCCGACGGCGUACGUGCGCGACUUCUACUUCUUCCGCCGCUCGUUCUACCCGGAGCUGGCGCUGCUGCACAUGAACGCGCACGAGGCGUUCGUCAACCUGCAGCGGCAGGAGCUCGUGCUGAAGUUCGUCGAGAUCGGCAAGGUGCACCUCACGAACGCGAUCAUCAAGAGCUGCCCGCCGGGACAGCUGCAGAACCGCGUCACGCUGCUGUACGACGAGCUCGUCAAGUUGCCGUCGUUCCCGCGCAAGGCGCUCGACACCGCCUUCGGGCUGCACCACGGCGAGCAGGGCCGCGAGAUGUACGCGCUCGACAUGCUGCACAAGCACGUCUGGGUGCAGCUGAUCGCGAGCGUGUUCGACGGCGUCCGCGGGCAGCUGACGGCGGCGAGCGAGCUGCAGCUCGCCGUCAACGUCAUCAACGGCGACCUGCUGCUGCACUGCGAGGACUCGUCGCAGCUGCGGCUGUGCAUCGCGACGCUGAUCAACGCCGUGCGCGGCUUCCGCACCGUGUUCGCCGCGAACGGCUACCUGCUCGUCAUGCCGACGCUGCUGCGCAUCUACGGCGGCCACCAGACGAACACGCUGCUCUGCCACGCGAUCGAGUGGACGUGCCGGCAGUUCUACACGCUGCACCGCAAGCCGUUCCUCCUCCAGAUGUUCGGCAGCGUCGCGAGCAUCCUCGACAUGGACACGGCGAGCAAGCUCGGCGACACGAACAAGGUUCCCGCGGCGUGCUUCUUCUCGCUGCUGCUCGCGAUGGAGGAGCCGCUCGUCGACCCGCUCGACAUCAUGGCGCUCGUCGGCGGCGAGAAGCCGCUCACCGUGCAGGACCUCUGCUACGAGAACGACGACGAAGACUACAGCGUCGUCGAGGCGAUCUCGCUGUGCGUCACCGUCGUCGCCUUCGCGCCCGAGUCGAGUCGCGCGCUCGAGAUGCUCACCGUGAUGAAGGCGAUCGUGCCGUACUACCUCGAGCACCUGCGCGCGCGGACGGCGCGCGCGACCAAGGGCGGUGUCGCGGCGAGCGCGCGCCACGAGCUCGGCGUGAUCACGGCCGUCGCGGCGUCGAUCCGCGCGAUGAUCGCCGCCUGCGAGAUGUUCACGCGCAACUACACGGGCCCGCAGCGGCACUACGAGAAGCCGAACCUGAACAGCGUCAAGGUCGGCGGCCGCGGCUACAGCAACCACUCGCCGCAGAGCGUCGAGCUCGGCGGCGGCGGCGACGACGACCGCUGCGAGGAGAUGCACAUCCGCUUCGUCGACGACCGAGCGCGCCGCCGCUACGACGAAGCGCUCGAGGACCUCGAGCCGAUCGCCGAGUUUCGCUCCCCGCGCGACGCCAUCUUGUGCAUCGUCGCCGACUUUGCGUGCGUCGCGGGCCGCCGCGUCAAGGAGCUGCCCAAGCUGCUCGCCGACCCGUCGGCGCGCGUGCCGGACCUGCUCGACGUGCGCUCGCACACGCGCCUGUCGGAGAUCGCGCACACGCUGCUGAAGUUGUCGCCGUACGACCCGCUGACGAUGGCCUGCCAGGGCCUGCAGAAGUACAUCCGCCAGAUGCUGCCGUUCACCGACUGGUCGGUCGAGGCGAUCCGGCCGUGCCUGAACAUGAUCUUCCGGCGGCUCGACAAGACGUUCACGAAGAUCUACAAGCGCGCGCCGCUGCGCAAGAACUGCGACUGGGACGCGGCGGCGAGCCUGCUGCAGGGCGUCUACCUGUCGCUGCAGAAGUACCCGUACGUCGCCUACCUGCCGCACAUCAAGUUCCUGCUGAACAUGUGCCUGAGCAUCACGCUCGCCGACAGCACGGGCCCGGGCGUCGGCGGCAGCAUGCACAGCAUCCACCACGGCUCGCUGCAGUCGUGCCUGCAGCACGCGCCGCCGCAGGGCUUCAACCGCGCCGUCGUGCAGCUCGUCUGCAUGCAGAUCCACGUGACGGGCGAGCAGUACACGCUCGAGCAGCUGUGCGGCGGCAUGGCGACUCUGUCCAGCCUCGACAAGACCGAGAACAUCCUGCUCAACCUCAUCAUCCCUGUGUGCCUGCGCUCGGGCAGCGGCGGCUCCGAGUCGCCGCGCAUACGCCACGCCGACGUCAUCUUCUCGCUGAGCUUCACGCUCGACGCGAUCCUGCCGCCGAGGUCCUCGUCGCACGGCGGCGGCGCGUCGAAUCGUUCGCACCGGCCGUCGAUUAGCGACAUCGGGGGCGGCGGCGACGCGCACGACCGCAUACCGCGCAUCGUCCGCCACACGCUCUACCAGAUUGCGUUCCUCUGCCUGAAGGUGAUCAUCACCUGCUUCGAGCGCGAGCUGGCGUCGGAGUGGCACCGCGUGGCGCGCAUCGUCCGCGAGCUCGGCGCGCGCCACGGCGGCGACGCGCACGUGUGGAGCUUCAUCGACUUCGUCGUCAGCAACCGCAGCACGCUGUUCGUCAUGCUGAAGCCAUUCAUCGAGCACCGGAUGCUGCGCGCUCCCGCGACGGUCGCCGACGGCGACGGGGAAGCGCGGCGGGCGAUCGCCGAGAAGCUGCGAGGCUACCGGGUGCCGACGCGCUGCCGCGGCACGCUGCUGCAGGAGCUGUCGCGAGAGCUGUACGCGCUGCGCGACGAGCUGUCGACGCGCAGCGGCGGCGCUGACUUCCGCUCGCGCACGCCGACGCUCGUGCCGGCCGAGCAGCAGAGCGAGACGAGCUACGGCCGGCAGCGCCUCGCGAGCCUCGUCGGCGGCAUCGGCAUCGGCGGCGAGGCGAAGGAGCGUCUCGCCGUGCGCUCGGACGUGUCGUCGACGACGUCGUCGGGCGGCGGCCGGCUGACGCGCAAGGCGAGCAUGCACCACCGGCGCCUCCUGCACAAGCAGUCGAGCGUCGCGAGCUCGAAGAGCGCGUCCGACCUCGACAGCGAGGACGCGGUGAGCCGCGAGGCGUCGCUGCGCUCGCGACGCAGCAGCCGCGGCUACGUCGAGAUCGUCGACGACCAGACGAGCGAGUCGCAGAAGUCGUGGCCGGUGGGACGCGCCGACACGGUGCGGCACGCGCGGCACCGGCUGCAGCGGCAAGCCGCGCAGAGCCGCAAGACGUUCCGCCGCCCGAAGAAGCUGAUCGGCGGCGGCGAGUCGGGCUUACAGCAGGAGGAGACCGAGGAGGAGACGCUCGCCGAGACGGGCACCGACGCCGACUAUGAGCUGGAGGCGCGCCGGCGACCCCAGGCGGCCGCCCCGCGCCGCGCCGGCGCCAUGAUGAAGCGCGACCGCUCGGGCGUGUCGCCGCCGGGGAGCCCCAUGGUGGCGCCCCGUGCCGACGCGUACAUCGCGCCGGCGGCCCGCUGCGACUCGCUCGAGUCGCUGCACGCGAGCGAGAACGCGGCACUGCUGCACGAUGACGAUCGCCGCUGCAAGCCCACCUCCAUCUGCAUGUACUUUGACAGCAACGACGGUCGCCGAGGGGACAGAGGACGCGGGGAAGAGCGGCGGCGCACACUGUUGUUGACGGAGCCGUGCGCCACAGCUGUGCGCACGCACGCGAAUUGA